AUGAUAUACAUACAAUACGUUUCAGCUUCCAGUGAAAGCACCUUUCCUCAAGAAACGUUAUUUUAUUACAGGCCAAAUAACGAUUUUCAAAUCGAUCUUGUUUAUUGUAAAGAAAUAGCCUUAAAUGAACUUAUAACAGAAUUGUCUUAUAAUUAUCUUUAUUCAAAUGAAAUUUUCGUGUUUUAUUUUCAACAUCCAUAUAAUCAAAGGAUUUAUCAUGUGGCUUGUGAAAUGAUUUCACAUUCGGCUAUAGUUCAGCAUUUAAACUUGAAUGUUUUUGGAAUCGAUUUGAGUCAAAGUGAUCAGCAACCACCUUUGGAGACCAUAAACGUAACCUUGAAUUUCACUUGA